UGCAGAGGAAAAUGGCGACCGGUGUGAGGCAGGAGCUCGCACAGCUGAUGAACUCUAGUGGAUCACAUAAAGAUCUGGCGGGGAAAUAUCGUCAAAUAUUAGAAAAGGCUCUUCAGUUUACCAGUGCAGAACAACUUGAGGCACUGAAAGCAUUUGUUGAAGCCAUGAUCAAUGAGAAUGUGAGCCUGGUGAUAUCCAGACAGCUGUUGACUGACUUUUGCACACACCUUCCAAACCUACCAGAUGGCACAGCAAAAGCCGUUUGCCAUUUUACCCUGGAGAAGAUUCAGCCUAGAGUCAUCUCAUUUGAAGAACAGGUGGCUUCAAUCAGACAGCAUCUAGCCACAAUCUAUGAGAAAGAGGAGGACUGGCGUAAUGCUGCCCAGGUGCUUGUGGGUAUCCCCCUGGAGACGGGUCAAAAACAGUACAAUGUGGACUACAAGUUGGACACCUACCUAAAAAUCGCCCGUCUGUAUUUGGAGGACGAUGACCCCGUUCAAGCAGAGGCCUACAUCAAUCGAGCCUCUUUGCUGCAGAAUGAAUCCACCAAUGAACAGUUGCAGAUUCACUACAAGGUCUGUUACGCCAGAGUUCUAGACUUUCGGAGGAAGUUCAUUGAGGCAGCUCAACGCUACAACGAGCUUUCUUACAAAUCCAUCGUCCAUGAGACCGAACGGCUGGAGGCAUUGAAGCAUGCCCUUCAUUGCACUAUACUUGCCUCUGCAGGUCAGCAGCGCUCUCGUAUGUUGGCGACACUGUUCAAGGAUGAGCGCUGUCAGCAGCUGGCUGCUUAUGGCAUCCUGGAGAAGAUGUACCUGGAUCGCAUCAUCAGAGGAAACCAGCUGCAGGAGUUUGCUGCCAUGCUGAUGCCACACCAGAAAGCCACCACAGCAGAUGGUUCAAGCAUCCUAGACCGAGCAGUUAUUGAGCACAACCUGCUCUCUGCUAGCAAACUUUACAAUAACAUCACUUUUGAAGAGUUAGGAGCACUUUUGGAGAUUCCCCCUGCAAAGACACGAAUGAUACCUCAAAUCAUGCGGCUUGAGGAGAGGUGUGCUAAUACUUUUCAAAGCGAUAUGGCAGAAAAGAUUGCCUCACAAAUGAUUACAGAGGGUCGCAUGAAUGGGUUCAUUGACCAGAUAGACGGCAUUGUCCAUUUUGAAACGCGAGAGCCAUUGCCCACCUGGGACAAGCAGAUUCAAUCGCUGUGCUUCCAGGUGAACAACCUGCUGGAGAAGAUCAGUCAGGCAGCACCAGAAUGGACGGCACAAGCUAUCGAGGCCCAGAUGACCCAAUAAAUACCCUAGAGACGCUACUGUCUACACGCUCAACUCCAAAACCAUGCCCUUUCCCUUUUCGUUCAUCAGAAUUAAGGGCACUAUGAAAGGACUAUUGAAUUUAGCAUUGAUUCAGUUGAACUUGGCACAUUUAUGCUAAUGCCGUAUUAGGUUUGACCAUCUGCGUUGUGAAGUUGAUGUUUUCAGACUUAAUCUGUGAGAAUCUCAUGCCUAAUCAACUUUUAAAAAAUGUCUUUGUCUCCAUUUCUGUUGGUUUUGAACACAAUCAAAUGAAACCUUGAGUGUUUAAUUUUUCAAUGUUAAAAGAAAUGUUAACCCAAAAUUUCAAAAUCUUACUAUUAUUCAGUAUUAAAUUACAAUAAUAUAAUAUUUAAGUUGACCCCCCCUGUGUUUCAUUGUUUUAUAGCAAUAAAUUUAUACUCUUUUGAAGUGAAAGAGGUCUGAGUUUGAAAAACGACUCGUGUAAACAUCCUACAGAUUAAUUUAUCCUUUCUUUCUAUUGGCAGUAGACCAUGGGCAAAACCAAACUAAUUUUAGUCAAAAGGAAUCACCUACUAAUUUUUUUUAAUUUUUUAUAUAUGUUAAUAUCUCAAUAAAAAAUGUUUGUCCAAAUUGUGCAGUCCUAGU